UCGAUCUGUGUGGCUUUGUUGGUCCCUUCGGGCGAGACAUAGAGGGGUUGGUUUCCUUGGUUUCGUCCUGAGAAAUAUCUAGUGUUCUGGGUCACUGGUCUGUGGAUCCGUAGAUUUGCUCCUCAUAUUCAUGCCUUGGGAGGGAGUAUAUUUGAGUUCAUAGGUGGGUUGGUGGUGGAUUAGCUUAGUUUUCUUUUCCGAUUUGUUCACUAGGAAGGUAGGUUUCUUUAAAUGUUCAACCCAAAUUCCGACUGGUGAGUAUCAGUAAUCAUCUCUAUGAUAUGAUGUGAGUACUUCCCUGGAUUCUUAAGAUCGAGCUUCCAUACGUCACCCGUAGGAGUUGGGCUUUUUUCUGAGAACUUCCCCAGAUUGCAUCUAAUUAGUUUUUCAAUGUUAAAUUGACUUAGCCUCGUUACUUUUGUGGGAGAACUUUGCCUAACUCCAGUCAAAACUUAUUUUUUUGUCAUGUUGACUGGGAGAUGUGGGAAAAUAAGUGAUGGAUGCCACAGCCACGCUGGUUGUAGAGAAGAUGGAUUAAAUGCAACUAGUGCUGGUGCUGAUGGCCGCGCAUCAGGGUCCUCUAAAAGGAAGAGAAAGAACCAAUUCAGGGGCAUUCGACGCCGCCCUUGGGGUAAAUGGGCUGCUGAAAUCAGAGAUCCUCGUAAGGGUGUCCGCGUCUGGCUUGGCACUUACAACUCUGCUGAGGAAGCUGCCAGAGCUUAUGAUGCUGAAGCACGCAGGAUUCGUGGCAAGAAGGCAAAGGUCAAUUUCCCCGAAGAGGCUCCUGUCACUUCUCAGCGCCAUGCUGAACCUACCUUUGUGAAGGUGUCUGAAUUCAACACUGAGGAGAAGCCCAUAGUCAACACCAUGGGCAACACAAAUGCGCACUCCUACCCUGUUGUUGACUACAGCUUACAUGAGCCAUUCUUGCAGCCACAGAACAUGUCUUUCAUGCCUGUAAUGAAUGCAGUUGAGGCUCCAUUCAUGAAUCUUUCCUCUGAUCAAGGGAGUAACUCCUUCAGUUGCUCAGACUUUAGCUGGGAGAAUGAUAUCAAGACCCCUGACAUAACAUCUGUGCUUGCAUCCAUUCCCACUUCGACAGAGGUCGAUGAAUCUGCAUUCCUCCAGAACAAUGCCAAUAAUGCAGCACUACCACCUGUGAUGGGUAAUGCUAACGUUGAUAUCGCCGACCUGGAACCAUACAUGAAGUUCCUGAUGGACAGUGGUUCAGAUGAGUCAAUUGACAGCAUGCUAAGCUGUGAUGGAUCUCCGGAUGCGGUCGACCUUUGGACCUUCGAUGACAUGCCCAUGUCUGCUGGCUUCUACUGAGGGAUCUGAGGUCUAUUGGUGCCUGUACAUAUAAACAAAGGGAAUAAGUAUUUUGGACAGCAAAGUGCUUGUGUCAGGCGCCUCUAGUUCAGCUACGUUAGUAUAUGCUUAUGUCUAGCUUAAAUGCUCUGGUUGCUCUCAAAGUUCUCAAGUGCUCUUUGGCAAUGGACAUCCGUCAUGUACCUUAUGAAACUAGUAUGAGAUGGGAACAGCUUAUUUUGUAUUUUUGUUUCUACCUUAUUGUAAUUGCUACACAAGUCUGUAAACCUUUUGAAUUUGCAGCCAAUGUUUGUUAUGUGGUGCUCGUUUUUCUA